AUGAUGACAAAAUCUCUGUUUGGUGUUGCUGUCUUUACUUACUUUGCUGUUUCCAGCGUUUUUGCAGCUGCUCAACCCUCACCUCAAGAACUUAAACCUGUUGCUGGUCCUGAUGGACUUCAAGGACCUAUAGGACCUGUUGGUAAAGGACUUACUGCUAAAACAAUUGCUAAACCUGAUCCUGGAAGUGCUAGAGAACUAAGCUCUGGUGCUAAUAGUACACAUGAUAGAGAAUCUACUGGUAAACCUGAAGAAUCUGAACGACGAUAUGAUGGUCCCGGCUCUGCUGGUUUUUGUCCUGGUGGGCCCACUAAUCCCAGUGCUUUUAUUCAUACUUGUAAUCCUAAAGAUAAACUCUAUGCUGCUCUUUUAUCUCCUCAAUAUUCUGGUCAUGCUGAACAACUUGGUACCGGAGCUGCUUCUGUUGAUCCUGUUGCUAGUAAUAAAGCUCAUGUUGAAGAAGCCGAGGAUAAGAUAAGCUCAUCUCGACAAGAGGGUGCUGAUCCUCAACCUGGACCUAAACCUGGUGAAGGAAAAGAAGAGGAAGUUGGUGAUGUUGGGGAUCGAGAUGUAGAAAUACAGCAGAAAUUAGAAGAAGAUAAACCCUUAUCUCUAGUACAAGCUUCUGGUCUUCCUGGACCUCCCAGACCUGAAACUGAUCAAGGUGAAGAUGGUCAAGCUGAUGAAACUCAAGGUAAAGAUACUAAAGGUGCUGUAGGUGAAGAAAACUCUACUGCUAGUCAACAUGGUAGUGGAGCUCAAAACCAAGGACAUACUCCUACUGAAGAACCUCCAGCUGCUACUUCCUCUACUGCUGUUGAUCAAUCUCAAUUACAACCUGAAGCUCUUGGUGCUGUUGAACUUGCUGGUCAAACUGCUUCUACUGCUCUUCCUGAAGCCCCUCAACAACCUGAUGGUCCAUCUCCCCCGGCUAAUAUUACUCAAGGUAAUGCUCAAGGUGAAGAUACUCUAACUGAAGAUGGUGAAGGAGCAGGCUCUGGUGAUAAUAGUCCAUCUAGUGAACCUACUCUCUCUACUUUUUCUUCUCCCCAAGCUACUACUUCUGAAGCUCAUAAUCCUGAAACUUCUGCUUCUGGAGAUGCUCAACCUUUUGCUGAAGAUGGUGGAGGGUCUCCUAAACCUGUUGCUCCUCAACUUGGUCAAGAUACUCCUGAAGCUGAAGCUCUUACUGGUCAAGGAUCUCUUGCUGGAGAAACCCCUGUCUCAUCUGACCUACGUGCUACUCAUAAAGGUAGAUCUGCUCAAUCUGGUAGAAAAGCUGGUGAUGCUAGUGAUGAAGGUAAAGCUGGCCAGCAUACUAAAACUGAUGGUUCUGCUGCUACUGUUGUUCAACCUGCUCCUAGAGUUGACGUUACCACUGCUGCCAAGAUCCGUAACGGCAUGAACUCAAGCUUCUCUGCCGACUACAAGGCUGUGUACGAUGGAUUUUCCGCCUCUCACGUCUUCUCGGCCAUCGCUGUUGUCUUUGCCGUUGCUUUGUUCUACUAA